UCGGCAUCCGAAUCGUGCGAACGUAUCGUAUCUACCGAUGUAACCAUGUCGCUAUCGCUACGUAUUUUAGUGCUGGUGACUUUUGUGCCGAUUAUCAGUAUAAGUGCUAUGAGCGGCAUUUGUCCCGCCGCUUGCACGUGCAAAUGGAAGGGUGGUAAACAAACAGUGGAGUGUAUGGAACGAGGACUUAUAACAAUUCCGGAUAGUAUAGAUCCCGAAACUCAAGUACUGGAUUUAUCCGGAAACAACCUUCAAAUUCUUCAUAGAGAAACGUUCAACCGUACCGGACUCAUUAACCUACAAAGAGUUUUCCUGCGCAGCUGCCGUAUAGGCCAAAUUGACAACCUAGCCUUUAGAGGACUCACCAAUCUCAUUGAAUUAGAUCUAUCUCAUAAUUUGCUCACCAGUAUUCCUUCUGGAACUUUUAAAGACAUUCCGUUCCUAAGAGAUCUUAUAAUCUCCAAUAACCCGAUACAAAAAAUUGAAUCGCAGGCUUUCCAAGCUGUUCACGGCCUGGUCAAACUUGACAUAAGCAAUUGCGAGAUUCAAAAUGUAGCUCCAAAAGCAUUCGAAGGCAUUGAAAUGCUAGAAUCUCUUAAACUCAACGGAAAUCACUUAUCUGAACUUCGAUUACGAACAGUGGAAACCCUGAGUAGACUCCAUGGCGUCGAACUACACGACAACCCCUGGCAUUGUGAUUGCCGCCUGCGCUCAGUAAAAGAGUGGUUGGUUAGAAACAACAUCCCUUAUCCGGAGCAUGCGAGAUGCAACGGCGGUCCAGAAAGAGUUAUACACAAAACUUUUGCCGAAUUACAUAUCGAUGAUUUUGCUUGCAAACCUGAGAUACUACCUGCCAGCAGAUUCAUAGAAGCCGUAUCAGAGGACAACGCUACCGUUACUUGCAGAAUUAACGCUAUACCAACAGCUCAAGUAAGGUGGUACUGGAACGGAAAAUUACUAGUAAAUAACUCGUUUUUCUCACCCCAUCAGAUGAUUUACAUUUUUGAAGAUGGAAAGCAAGAGAAACGAAGCAGCUUGGUUGUCACUAAUGUCCAAGAAGGAGAUGUAACCGAAUUUUAUUGUGUAGCUGAAAAUCGUGCCGGGAGUUCUGAAGCUAAUUUUACUUUGAGAGUCUCUCUAAGACCGUUGGGGAUAACUUCGUUAGGGAAUGGACAGAUUGCCGGACUAAGUGCAGCUCUCGUAUUUCUUAUUCUCUUCAUAUUAAUAGUGAUAUCAAUUUUGCUGCUCAGGUUAAGAAGAUUACCGUUUGCUGAAAGUAAAACUCCAGGUCAAAUCGAAGUAGUGACCGUUGUAAAUGGAGGUAACAUUCCUAACGGAAAAUCAGUGUCUCCGAUGAGUACACCAGAAGAAACUUCUUCGUUUACUGAAAGAAAACCACCUGCAGAGCUAAAUUUUUGCAACCCAGUCCAAAAGCCUCCUAGACUGAACGAUAUUCCUUACUCCACAGUGCACUAUAGUGGACACGGAAGUAUAGUUACUAGCUCUUGCUUUGUAUCGCCCUCUUCAGCUUCAGGAAACAAUCCAGAUUUAAUUAACGACACCAAAGGGGGAGAACUAUCAGUUGAAAAUCAGUUUGAUAGACCUAUGAGCGGAGAAUACAGCAGAAAUCAAGAUUCUCUCUACCCGUCUGGUUUGUGGGAUAGCGAGACAGCUCCUACAAAUGCCAACUUCCAGUAUAACGAUAAAACUCCCAUAAUGCAUGACGGUACUAGUACAGGGGGUUCCGCAGAAGAACUGAAUUUCCGUUUAGCUCAAGGCACUAACAGACUAGCUGCAUAUCCUUCAGAUUACGGUCUUCCCAUAGCUGAGACGAAAACUGACAACAUAUCGAUACCAGCUUCGCAAGUUAAUUUACCGGUGAACGCAAAAACGUUAAGGGUGUGGCAAAAAGGAGCCGUACCAGUUUUACCUCCAGUAACGGCUUUAAAACGGGUGCUUACGAAUUCAAGGAACUCUCCAGAUGAGGGGUACCAAGAGGGUUGCGGUACUGACGUUUAAAUAAAAUGAAACCAAAGACUUGUUUGAUGGUACUGACGUUAAAGUGAGAGUUGCUCAAGUAGGCAACUUUUAAAGUGCUGUGAACGGUUAUAUCUUGUAUAUAAAAAAGUCCCUGUGUGAUAUUUGGCUCAUAGUCAAGUUUUUGUGAAUAUUGUGCAUAAUUCUUAGGAUUAAAGUUAAUACUUAUUGACGAAUAUUGGAG